AAACCUUCAUUUUCAUUUCCAUCUCUCUUCUUCUUCUUCUUCUUUCUCGAAUCACCUUCCCAACUUCCAACCUUUCUUCUUCUUAGUUCUUCCAAUCUUCAAUCUAUGGCGGUUGCUCGUUGCUUCCUCCCUUUUCCUCUUGAGACUUCAAAGCAUCCACUCUCUGCUUCCAUUUUCACUUCUUCUUCUACUGAUUUUUCCUUCGCUCUCGCCUUUUCUUCUAAUUCUCGUCGCCCCCGAGGUUUUAAGCUCCCAAUCACCACUCUCUGCUGCAAAAUGCCCCAUCGCAUAAAAGCCAAGCCACAAGAUUCAGAAGCAACAUUAGUUGCCGGCUCUUUCACUGAAUUUAAACACCUGCUACUGCCAAUAACCGAUCGCAAUCCAUAUCUUUCUGAGGGAACGAGACAGGCUAUUGCUACUACUGCUGCUUUGGCAAAGAACAAUGGGGCUGACAUAACAGUAGUCUUGAUCGAUGCAAAGCAGAAAGACUCGAUUCCAGAGCACGAGAACCAACUCUCGAGCAUUCGUUGGCAUUUGUCUGAAGGGGGAUUCCAAGAGUUUAAACUGUUGGAGCGAUUAGGGGAAGGAAGCAAGCCAACAGCAAUCAUUGGGGAGGUGGCUGAUGAUCUAAACUUAGAUUUGGUAGUUCUAAGCAUGGAAGCCAUUCAUUCCAAGCAUGUGGAUGCUAACCUACUGGCUGAGUUCAUCCCAUGCCCUGUUAUGCUCUUGCCCUUGUGAUUUUUGUACAAUUUGAGUUUUAUGCCUAAGCCAUAUCUUAUCUAUGCUUUCUCUAACAAUAUACUGUGUGUACUUGUGAUUUAUGUAUAUAUUAAUAAAGUGCUUUUGGAGUUCAAUGAA